ACUAAUAUGAUGGUGGCUCCUGUACUAGCAAACCUGGGGCCUCUGGAGGACCUGGCACUGAAACCUAACCCCCAAGAGGUUGAGGCUGUCUUCACACUGUCUUUGUCCCACUUGCUACAAGAAAAGAACCAGGGCUACACCCACUACUGCCGUGAUGGUGUCUACCACUACACAAUGCCUGUCUUCCUGCAUGGUCCUCACCGUGUGUGGGGUCUUACAGCAAUCAUAACAGAACUGACUCUGGAGAUGCUAGCACCAGGAAAAUACCACAGGCGGACUUAUGUCAAGGGUCAGCACUGACUUUGAGCCCAGAUUCACACUGGGAUCUCUUAAGAUCUCUUUCUGCUUUCCAUAUUUAUCAAAGGGCUUUAGAAUUGAUGAUCUCAUCAGCCAAGUGCUGCUCCUUUCCCUUAUCAUAAGAAUCUUCAAAACUCGGGUCUGCUCAGUUCUGAAUAGCACGAAGAAAGUCGUUUAUCUUUCUAGUUCACUACCUCAGAAUGCAACUAUUACAUUAUUGGCAAAAAGCAAUGAAGAAACAUCUAUCUAGUUUACUCUCAGUUGUUACCUCAAUAAACAAGGACACCUGAAACCUUAUGCAGGUUUCUGUUUUGGCAGGUAUAUGUGUAGUACAAAUAAAACAUAGGUUUUAAUCUCAAAGAGAUGCUAGACCUGUAUUCUAGGCUUGUUUGUUUGGUAAUGGCAAUAACUUUAUAAAUGAAUGAUAAAGGGACCAUUUGCCAAAGAAAGCACUGACCUUUAAGGUACCCAAAUAAUAAGUGCCAGCCAUCCAGAUUAGGAUAAAAUUUGUGAAUGAAUAUUGAUCCCUAUUUCUUUCACAUCUCCACUAUUUCCUUAUCAUGUGGAAAUUCUGUUUAGGGCUCUGCGUUGAUUUAACAAAAUCUGCAUUUCAAGAACAGAGCUGUAUAUAUCUAAGUUGUAAGAAAUAGUAUUUAAAUAU